UGUUAAGUUUUAUGACAUAAUAAUAAUAAUAAUAAUGGAUAAGAAAAAUCAUAAAGCAGAGCCUGGAGAUGGCUUACGCUCCUUGAAGAGUACAAUGUUAUUUCGUGCAAUUAAUUACGAAUUAUAUAUUAGACCGAAUAAAGUGAUAAUGAUUUUUGGAGCUAUUGCAAUGUUCAGUUGUAUAGGAUAUAUGGCUUAUAUGCGACAUAAUUCUGAUAAUACAAAAUAUUAUCCUGCAGUUACACCUGAUGGGUCAAUUGAUUUAAAAAAAAAAACAUCAAAGUGGACAAUGUAAUUUGCUACAUUUUAUAUGAAUUAAUAACAAUUGUAUGUUUAAGAAUUUACAUUAUAUAAAAUACACAAUUAUUGUUUAUA